GCUAAAGAAGAGUUCAAAGAUACAUGUAUCAGUCUUUAAGUAUUGUACGUGUCUCAAAAUAAAAUGCUUUUUAUUGGCAUUUGUUUACAUUCUUUUUUCAGAGUCUUACCUAAACUUUCUUUUACGAAAAUUAAUUUGAUGUAGUUUGCCGAACGACUAAAAGUCUUUCUUAACGAGCUCACGCGUGCACUUAAUGCGUGCGUUUCUUGAUCGUGAUUGAGCAAAACAAUAACUGAAGCAUUUUUUGAAACUUAAUUAAAACAACGUAAGCAUACAAAAAGUUAUUAUUUAUGAAAGAAACUUCAUCAAUGAACUCGUGAUUUACAAUGACGAGAGACUUCACCGCACACUUAAUACUCUCUGUAUAUCGUAAGGUCUGUAUGAAACAACCAAUGCUUAUUCAACAUGCAAGCAUUAUGUGCACGAAUGUGUUUCUUUUAAAAUAUUUAUGUUUCACACACCACUCAAACAUAAAUAGAUGACUGGAGAAGGCUAUAUACAUCUAGAAUACGAAAAUACAAAAUACAAGACGAUAACAGAGAUUUCUUCUUGUCCUUCACUGCUAACAUGCGUUCAAAAAUGUCGAUUGAAAAAUUUGGAUGUUGAUUAUAAGGACGGAAAAUGCUACUGCGUUAUUGUUGCUGGAAACACAGAUGGCGAAGAAAACCAGAAUAAAGAAAAAGCAGCAGAAGUUUAUUCCGCAGUAAAAGAUCCUUCGAGUUAUUUGGAAAACGAACAUCAACCAGCCCCAAUUAAUCUGUCGCGUGGAAAACCGGCAAGACAAUCAAGCGUAGAAGGCGGUGGGGAUGCAUCACGUGGAGUGGAUGGAAACAAAAAUGGUCACAUGAACGCCAGAUCGUGUUUUCACACACUUCAUAACCAAACAGACCCUUGGUGGGAGGUCGAACUUCUUCAGAAUGCUGUAAUAACGAAUGUUGUUCUAUAUCCUCGUACUGAUUGUUGUCAUUUAAGAGCAAAUACUUUGAAACUGCUGGUGAGGUUUGCUAAUCAAGAUUCCUGGAAUUUGUGUGCAUCUAUCGAAAAACUGGGUGCGAAACCAUUUGAUCAAAAAUGCGAUCAACGUGUGGUUGGCGGUAUUUUUCGAAUUAUACAACAUAAUACAGAACCUCUUCAUUUGUGUGAAGUUGAGGUAUUCGGGUACUUUUUAUAAAUACAAACUGCACGAAAUUAAACUUCACUCUUAUUGUUUAUUAUUAAUUAAUUUGAAUUUUAAGGGUUCGAAAGUAUUAACCACCUUAACUUGGUGAUUUUUUCCAAUUUAACCAUUAAAAUUGCGAAAAAAAGCAAACAUAAUUAUAGAAAUAAUUAAAACAAAAAAUUUCACAGCUGUGGACAAAGAGCGACAUAUUUUUAAGAGCAAUAAGUCGUAUGUAGAAAAUUAUAAUAAACAUUGAAGUACACUGUUUGUUAUGAUUUUUAAAAAGUCAUCAACACUUUUUUAUUUUACAUAUUUUCCUUUUCAUCGUCAUCGUCACCGUCACCGUCCUCGAAAUCGUCAUGGACAUCAUCAUUAUGAAAGUGUUUGGUUAAGCAACUUUAUACAUUUCGCCGUUAAAGAUAUCAAAUCUUUGCGUAAUAAAUACAUUUUAUAUUACAUUGCAAUCACCAACUAUAUCACGUGGAGGGCACUGACAAAGGUAGCUGUUAAAAUGCCUUAGGGAAAUGUUUGGAAAGUCUAUAACCUUAU